CGGGCCUUCGCUUCUUCCCCUUUCCCCUUCCCGUCAGAAGACUCAGAACCCUAGCUCAUUUACCACGGCGCGACUCCACGGCAACUAAUCUCGCGGUCUAGUCGGCGGUGGCGGCGGCGGCGGCGGCGGCGGUGACGGAGAUAUGGUGGUGGCGGGGAGCGGUGGAGGGAAUGCGUGGGCGAAGGAGAUGACCCUCCGCCGGAGGAUGGCCAGCAUAUUCAACAAGACGCGGGACCAUUUCCCGUCGCUGAAAGAUUACAACGAUUACCUGGAAGAAGUCGAGGAUAUGACCUUCAACCUGAUAGAAGGAAUCGACGUCGAGGCGAUUGAAUCCAAAAUUGCCAGGUAUCAACAGGAAAAUGCUGAACAGAUUUACUUGUCGCGAGCUAAAAGGGCUGAAGAUCUUGCUGCGGCACUUAAAGCAAGCAGAAUGAUCCCUGUGAAGGCUGAUCCUAGUGAUAUGGCUGCUGGAAGCUCCCAAGGCAUCAGUGGUGGGGCGGGAGUUCAAGGCCAGUAUGCCCCUGCUGCAGUUCCUGGUGGGUUGAAUCAGCCUCGUCCAACUGGUAUGGCCCCGCAACCAAUCGGUGGUUUCGUGGAUCCUCUUCAAGGACAUGACGAGGAGACCAUGAGACUUCGUGCGGAGAGAGGAGCUCGAGCAGGUGGUUGGACGGCGGAAUUGAGUAGGAAGAGAGCAUUAGAGGAGGCGUUUAACAGCAUAUUUAUCUAAAGGUUAGAUCAGAUGCAGCACCUGUCCCAGAGGAUGCCUGGUUAACUUCCGACAGCCCUCAGACUAGCACAUACUACUUGUUGAUCUAUAGCAUGGUUUCUGGACUUCAAGCACGGGAGAUCAAAAUAUCAUUCAGCGUCAAAUAGCCCAGCAAUCAUCAUGUUGAUGUACUUUUGCUCAUAGCAAUGACCGCUAUGCACUUGCCAAUCUGUGAAGUACAUAAUAGCUGUGAAACUUGUCAUUGUUCCUCUGUAAUGGCAGGGUAUUUUGUUUUACGAACGUCGCCUCCUUCUGAAUAUAGUAUCACUUCUUCCACU